GGUUGACCCCCGGGCCGCCUAUUAUAGUGCAGUUCUCGCAGGAUUUUUCAAAAUUAUUAAGAGAAUUGGAAACCCCUGGUUUGGCGGCACCUCCGUUGGAAUCAUUAUGUUGGCUUUGUGACCCAGAAGAAAAGGAUGAGUGAAGCUGAUGAAGGAACAUGCUCUGUUCUUCCUCCUUGGUGAAUAGAGACGUAGACACCCCCAACACACACACACACACACACACACACACACGCACACACACACACACGCACGCGUUCACUGCUGUCCUCACAGCCUCCACACUGAGGAACCCUGUCACAGUUCCGGAGUUGGCGGCGGCUCCCAGGAACAGGCCCCCACGCCUCCUGGGCUCCCAGUAACUGUUUAAAGGGCAUUUGUUAUUUUGGCUAAAAGGAGGCACGCAGUGCUCUGCUCUCCCGGGCAAAGAUGGAGCAACAGGAGCAGUCCAAGAAGAAAGGGAAGCUGACGCUUGUGCUGGCUCUGGCGACCCUGAUUGCUGCCUUUGGGUCAUCCUUCCAGUAUGGGUACAACGUGUCUGCUGUCAACUCCCCAGCAGAGUUCAUGAAAGACUUUUACAAUGCGACCUACACUGAUAGAAACGGCAGACCCUUAGAUGAGUUUCUCCUGACGUUGCUGUGGUCCAUAUCCGUGUCCAUGUUUCCCUUCGGAGGCUUUAUCGGCUCCCUUCUGGUCGGCCCCUUGGUGAAUAAAUUUGGCAGAAAAGGGGCCUUGCUGUUCAACAACAUAUUUUCCAUUGUGCCUGCGAUUUUAAUGGGAUGCAGUAAAGUCGCCACAUCAUUUGAGCUUAUUAUUAUUUCCAGACUUUUGGUAGGAAUAUGUGCAGGUGUAUCUUCCAACGUGGUCCCCAUGUAUUUAGGGGAGUUGGCCCCCAAAAAUCUGAGGGGGGCCCUUGGGGUAGCACCUCAGCUCUUUAUCACCGUCGGCAUCCUUGUGGCCCAGAUAUUUGGUCUUCGGAGCCUCCUUGCCAAUGAAAAUGGCUGGCCGAUCCUCCUGGGGCUCACCGGGGUCCCUGCAGCGCUGCAGCUCAUCCUCCUGCCCUUCUUUCCUGAGAGCCCCAGGUACCUGCUGAUUCAGAAGAAGGAUGAAGCAGCUGCCAGAAAAGCUCUGAAGAGGCUGCGUGGCUGGGAUGACGUGGACGGUGAGAUAGAGGAGAUCCGGCAGGAGGACGAGGCCGAGAGGGCCCAGGGCUUCAUCUCGGUGAUAAAGCUGUUCAAAAUGAGGUCCCUGCGCUGGCAGCUCAUCUCCAUCAUCAUCCUCAUGGGUGGCCAGCAGCUGUCUGGAGUGAACGCGAUCUACUACUAUGCAGACCAGAUCUACAUCAAAGCUGGCGUGAAGAGCUCUGACGUCCAGUACGUGACGGCCGGCACGGGGGCCGUCAACGUGGUGAUGACAUUCUGUGCCCUGUUCGUGGUGGAGCUCUUAGGCAGAAGGAUCCUGAUCCUCCUGGGCUUCUGCAUCUGCCUCACAGCCUGCUGUGUGCUGACGGCUACACUCGUGUUGCAGAGUGCGGCCUCCUGGGUGCCUUACAUCAGCAUCGUCUGCGUCAUCGCCUAUGUCACAGGACAUGCCCUUGGGCCCAGUCCCAUCCCUGCGCUGCUCAUCACAGAGAUCUUCCUGCAGUCCUCUCGGCCGGCCGCCUUCAUGGUGGGGGGCAGCGUCCACUGGCUCUCCAACUUCACCGUGGGCUUGAUCUUCCCAUUCAUUCAAGCUGGACUUGGCGCCUACAGCUUCAUCAUUUUCGCUGUGAUAUGUCUUCUCACCACUGUCUACAUCUUCCUGAUUGUCCCCGAGACCAAGGGCAAGACUUUCAUGGAGAUCAAUCAGAUUUUCACCAAGAUGAACAAGGUGUCAGAAGUCUACCCAGAGAAGGAGGAACUGAAAGAUAUCCCACCUGCCGUUUCGGAACAGUAACUUAGGGGAAGGCAGCCAGUUUAGCAGGUCUGCGUGGGGCCUCCCCCUCUAGCCUUUUCUCCUGACUUUUACUUGUUGGUGAAUUUCCAAAAAUGAGACAAGCCUGGCGUGGAAUGCAAGCCUCAUCUCCAGCCUCCGCACCCAGUAGGGACAGUCCGAAGGGAUCCAUGCUGCUCUGAAAGCCAGGCUGUCUCUCUCCAGAUGGCCUGUCAUCAACCCCGAGACAGGCAAACAGCCGUUCCUCACCCUGGCUGGGGAAGCCAUCCUGGAGCUCCUGGUAACACAGCUUUUAUGGUGGCGAGAUGGAAGGGAUCAAAUUUUUCCGGAGAAACCAACUCUUCUUUGUGCCCCCCCAUGGGUCUUCUGGAAGCAUUGUUUAGAGCCAAACUCAUCCUCUUAUCAAAGAUUCUUCUCUAGAAACACCUGUCCUGGAAAGUGUGAUACUGGAAAUAACAACACCCAGAAGGCUGGGAAACCCCGUGGAGACACUGAGUCAGAAUUAUUGUCCUAUAUUAUAUUGUUAGUGGAAAAUGGAAUUGCUUCUAUGUGCAAUAAAAUAAAUCUGAUCACUUUU